CCCAAAUCGGUUUCUCGCUGAGCGAAAGCCUCCCGCUUAUUACCAGUUUCUCUUCUUCGUGAUACAUAUUAUAUCUUCUUUUCGUUGCAAAUACUUCUCUCAAAAUGGAUAAGAUUAAGGAGAGAAUGAACGCCCUCCGCCUGGAGGCCGAUGACGCUCAGGGGAAAGUGGAAGAGUUGAAGACCAAGGUCAAAACACUGGAGCAGGAGAACCUGUCGAAGGAGCAGGAGAUCACGUCGCUCAACCACCGCAAUCAACUCCUCGAGGCGGAGAUCGAGAAGCUUGAGACUUCCCUGAAGGAGGCCAAGGAUGCUGCCAGCUCCAGUGCUCAGCAUGAUACUCAGAACGAGGCUCUUCAGAGACGCCUCCAGCUUUUGGAAGAGGAGGCCGAGGAGGCCGACCGGAAUCUGCGGGAGACCAACGAGAAGCUGCGACAGACUGAUGUCAAGGCUGGUCACUAUGAGCGCAAGGUGCAGGCCCUUGAGUCCUCUCGUGACCAGUGGGAAUCCAAGUACGAGGAGAUGGCCAAGAAAUACACCGAUCUGCAAAAGGAGCUUCACGAGUUGGAGGUCUCGAUCAGCAAUGUUUAGACCUGUCACUCACUGUAUGGAUGUAGAGCACCGGGAGAUGUUGGAGUCAGACUUUUUCUUUUCUUCCACAAGCCCAACACUUGCACAGUUCCGCUUUCCGCGCCUUUUUAUAUCUGCAGGAUACAGCUAGUAAUAUUUCUUCUGUUACCACCACUCCGCCUAGUCUAUAGCAUCAAUCUGUCUCUGCCCCUGCUGGCAGCUCUGCA